AUUACAACCACCGAUCCGCAAUAAAAACAAUAGAUACACAAACAAAUAUAUAUUUUUUGAUAUAAAUCAAUUCAGGUAAAUCACACUAUAUUGGUGUGAAUCCCAAUAAUAUAAUAUCCGAUAGAAAGACUUUUAUUCGGGAAAAAGAUAUAAACAAAAAAAGAGAGAAAGAAAUGGAUUACUUGAGUGAUGAAAGGAAGAAAGCUGAAUUCGAUGUAGAAUCAAUGAAAAUAGCAUGGGCUGGUUCUCGUCAAGAUUUUGAAGUUUCUGAUCGCAUGGCUAAACUUGUUGCUAAUGAUCCUGCCUUUGAGAAGUUUACGAGGCCUAUGCUACCUAGGAAAGAGUUGUUGAAGAACACUCUUAGGAAAUCAGCAUAUGCCUGGAAGCUCAUCGUUGAUCUUCGUCUGUCUGAGGAAGAGGCCAAAUGGUUACGACUUUAUAUUGAUGAACCUGCUUACACUGAUCUUCAUUGGGGAAUGUUCAUCCCGGCUAUUGAAGGACAAGGCACUGAGGAACAGCAAAAGAAAUGGCUGCCAUUGGCCAAAAAGAUGCAAAUAAUUGGCUGUUAUGCACAAACAGAACUUGGUCAUGGUUCCAAUGUGCAGGGUCUUGAAACAACUGCAACGUUUGAUCCCCAAACGGAUGAGUUUGUCGUGCACAGUCCUACUUUAACAUCAAGCAAGUGGUGGCCUGGUGGAUUGGGUAAACUGUCAACACAUGCUGUUGUCUAUGCUCGCCUCAUAGUAGGUGGUCAAUUCCAUGGAGUUCAUGGUUUUAUUGUCCAAUUACGGAGCUUGGAGGAUCACUCACCUCUUCCUGGUAUCACUGUUGGCGAUAUUGGGUUGAAGUUUGGAAAUGGCGCGUAUAACACCAUGGACAAUGGUGUUUUAAGAUUUAAUUAUGUGCGUAUCCCCAGGGAUCAGAUGCUGAUGAGGGUGUCGCAAGUUACAAGGGAUGGAAAGAUCAUGCAAUCUGAUGUUCCUCGACAACUCAUAUAUGGAACCAUGGUGUAUGUUAGGCAGACAAUUGUGGCUGAUGCUUCCAAGGCUUUAUCUCGUGCAGUUUGUAUUGCUACAAGAUACAGUGCUGUUCGCAGACAGUUUGGGUCACGUAAUGGUGGACCUGAGACCCAGGUGAUUGACUAUAGAACUCAGCAAAGUCGACUCUUUCCUCUGCUGGCUUCUGCUUAUGCCUUCAGGUUUGUAGGCGAAUGGUUGAAAUGGUUGUACAUGGAUGUGAAGCAAAGAUUAGCAGCUAAUGACUUCUCAACUUUGCCUGAGGCUCAUGCAUGUACUGCAGGAUUGAAGUCCUUGACAACUACCGCAACAGCUGAUGGAAUUGAAGAAUGUCGAAAACUAUGUGGUGGUCAUGGCUACCUUGUUAGUAGUGGGCUUCCUGAACUCUUUGCAGUUUACAUUCCUGCUUGUACAUAUGAAGGGGACAAUGUUGUCCUGAUGCUACAGGUAGCAAGGUUUCUUGUGAAGACAGUCUCAGAAUUGGGACACAAAAAACCAGUUGGUACAACAGCUUAUAUGGGGCGAGUGGCAGCUCUGAUGCAAAAUAGUUGCAGCGUUCAAACUGCUAAGGAGUGGCUAAACCCCGAUGCAAUAGUGGAAGCAUUUGAGGCAAGGGCUGCUAGAAUGUCUGUUCGGUGCGCUCAGCAGAUAGCCAAGUUUGAAAAUCCAGAAGAAGGUUUUGCAGAACUAGCAGCUGAUUUAGUUGAGGCAGCAGUUGCUCACUGCCAAUUAAUUGUUGUGUCCAAGUUUUUUGAGAAAUUGAAACAAGAGAUCCAUGGAAAGGGAGUCAAACAAUCAUUAGAGGUGCUGUGCUAUGUGUAUGCCUUGCAUCUUCUUCACAAGCACCAGGGUGAUUUCUUGUCCACCGGCUAUCUUUCACCUAAACAGGCCUCUCUUGCUAAUGAGCAACUCAGAACUUUGUACUCUAAGGUCCGUCCAAAUGCCAUUGCAUUGGUUGAUUCAUUCAGCUACACGGAUCAUUACCUUGGUUCAAUUCUUGGUCGUUAUGAUGGGAACGUGUAUCCAAAACUCUAUGAAGCUGCUUGGAAAGAUCCGCUUAAUGAUUCAGAUGUGAUUGAUGGCUUUCACCAGUAUGUUCAACCAAUGCUGAAGCAGAAGUUACACUCUGCUAAGCUAUAGAAGAGCAAUGGCUGAACCGCUCAGCAAGUGUUAAAAAAAGUUACAGCUUUAGGUAUUAAACCGCUCUCAGCAAGUGUUAAAAAAAGUUACAGCUUUAGGUAUUUUAAAAAAGGUCGCUAUUAUUCGGCAAGAGUAAUAUCGGGUGUAACCCUUAUAUCUAUACGUGGUGAGCAAUGUUGCAUAAUUGAUCAUGUAUCAAAAUGUCGAACGAGUAGAAACAAUGGUGUUGUGGUUUAUAUAUUAUAUGUUACUAUUCUUAAUGAAUAUUAUUAUAUUUUUCCCUUAAAAGAGACCGUCUAAUAAUAUUAAUAUGGGCUUUCAUUUUGGAUUUUA